AAAACUAAAAGAAAACAAGGUACUAAUUAAUUGUCCAUAAUGGCUGUUCACAAGGAAGUUAGUUUCGUUGCUUACCUACUAAUUGUUCUUGGAAUGUUUCUAUAUGUUGAUGCUUUGGGUUGUACUAAAGAAUGUGGUAAUCUUGGCUUUGGGAUAUGCCCACGUUCAGAAGGAAGUCCGACAAAUCCCAUAUGCAUCAAUUGUUGCUCAGGCUAUAAGGGUUGUAAUUAUUAUAGUGCUUUUGGGAGAUUUAUUUGCGAAGGAGAAUCUGACCCAAAAAACCCAAAAGCUUGCCCCCUAAAUUGUGAUACAAAUAUUGCCUAUUCAAGAUGUCCUCGUUCAGAAGGAAAAUCGCUAAUUUAUCCCACUGGAUGUACCACAUGCUGCACAGGAUACAAGGGUUGCUACUAUUUCGGUAAAAAUGGCAAGUUUGUAUGUGAAGGAGAAAGUGAUGAACCCAAGCCAUAUAUGUCCACAGCAUAAGGCAUCAAUAAUAUGCGUUGUAGUUUUUAA